UUUCGUUAUGUUCUGUUUCAUGCAACUCCCUCUGCAAUGGCUCAGCUGCUCUCCCCUGUUUGCACCGAGGCCAUCAAAGUUCAGACUCCGUUUCUGAGCCCAUGGCGCUCCCUUGCGAAGCCUACCGGUUCUUGCGGCAAGAUUGUCCGCGGCGCUGGACGACGGAACUGUGGCAGUUUGAAAGUCGCAGCGAGGGAUUCGGAGGCCAUUGCCGAUGAUUAUUAUGCCGUUUUGGGACUGCUUCCAGAUGCGAGCCCGGGACAGAUUAAAAAGGCGUAUUAUAAUUGCAUGAAAGAGUGCCAUCCAGACUUGAGCGGCGAUGAUCCAGACACCACCAAUUUCUGCAUGUUCAUUAAUGAAGUCUAUGAGGUGCUUAGUGACCCAGUGCAGCGAAUGGUUUACGAUGAAAUUCAUGGAUAUGCUUUGACAGCAAUCAACCCUUUUAUAGAUGGUUCAAGCACAAAGGAUCUCGCUUUUGUUGAUGAAUUCAGCUGUAUAGGCUGCAAAAAUUGUGCUAAUGUCGCCCCUGAUGUCUUCGGAAUUGAAGAAGAUUUCGGACGAGCUCGUGUGUAUAGCCAGUGUGGGAAUCCUCAACGAGUUCAAGAAGCAAUUGAAAGUUGUCCAGUAGAUUGCAUCCAUUGGACUUCAGCAGCCCAAUUAUCUCUGCUCGAAGAUGAAAUGCGGCGGGUCGAAAGAGUGAAUGUUGCGUUUAUGCUUUCUGGAAUGGGAUCAUCCGCCGUGGAUGUUUUCAGAAUGGCUAGUACUCGAUGGGAGAAGAGGCAAUCAAAAGUCAUGGAACAAGCAAAAGUGAGGAUGACGAAGAAGAAAGGUUCUGAAAGCAAUGAUUCAUAUUGGACCAAUCUUUGGGGCAGCCCUAAAGAUCAAACAAAUCCAGCUAAUGAAGAGGAAACAAAGGAACGAGCAAAACGAGCUGCAGCUGCUGCUCGACGAUGGAGAGAGUACUCCCGACGGGGCGUUGACAAGCCUCCACCUUUCAAACUUCCCGAGUCAAUCUCGAGCAACGAUAACUAACCAGGUGAUUAAAAAUAUAUAUUAAUUUAUAUCCAAUAGCUUUAUAGUCGUAAAUAAUAAAUCAAUAUCAUUUGAAAAAAUAAAAAAAAAAUCCAACAAAAAUCAAAUCAUCAUCCAUUUAUGUAAUUAUUGUAAAAACAUCCUCUCUACCAACUGAUUCAUGGAACAAGUUGGGAUUUGUUUAUAUU